AUGGCUAUUGGAGAAUUCCAUAUGGUUAUUACUAUGGUAAUCCUUAUGGUUUUGGUAGAAGGAGAUAUGGCUAUGGUCGCUACGGAGGCUAUGGUGGGUAUGGUGGGUUUGGUGGGUAUGGUGGGUAUGGUGGGUAUGGUGGGUAUGAUAGAUUUGGAAGAUACAAUGGAUUUGGAAACUUUGGUGGACAAUUCUUUCCUGGGUCAGUAUUUACCAUUAACAUUUAAUGCAGCAUUGGAUCCUGCUGCAAGAUUAGGUGCCAACAUUGGUGCGCUUACUGGAUCUUUAAUUGGCAAGAGAUGA